AUGCCCAUCGUUAUUCGCCUAGAAUCAUGGCAAGACCCCCUAUGGAUGCUCUUCGCUUCCAAAAUCCGGUACCUCCUUUUCUUCAUCGCCCUAUGGAACCCCAAUGCCACAGACUACACCACCAUCGGCUGGCCGCAGAUCGACCGCGUCGCCUCGCACGCUGAACAUGGCGCCGCUUUCGCCAUCAUCACACGGUUCAGAACUAACAUCAUGGUCUUGGGCGUUGAUGCCGCGAGGGAGCCGUUCCCAAACUGGCAGGCGUGGAUCAAAAACGAGGAUGUGUACAAUGUGUUUAAUGCCUUUCAAAGAGGCGAACUCAAGGCUCGUCUGGAGGGCCACGCUCAAGCAGUUGACAGCGUGGCAAGGAAGUGGAUGGACGAACACGAGAUCACGCUACGCGGGCUCAGAGGCGACGCGGAAAAGAUCGCGAUGCAUGUCCUCAUGUCUGCGGCGUUCCGGAUGGAGUACGAUUUCGACACGGGCGUCGAGAUUGUGGAUCCAGGGCACGAGAUCAGCUUUGGCGAGGCGAUGCACACGUGCAUCAAUUCCUCGUCCAUUAUGCUCGCACCUGUGCCAUUUGCUUAUGAAACGCAGCGCUUCUUCUCCGCCAUUCCGAUGCAUCCCAAAUACACAGGCGACAGGAACCAAAUCCUCAAGCUCAACAGCGUCGACACGAACGUCCCUCCCAAGAAGUUCGUAUCGAUCAACUACAACGCCAUCCACUUCAGUCCGCAGUCUGGGGCUCCCAUGUCAACGAAUCUAGUGCAAGCCGAUGGAUCAAGCGCGAGCCUGGCAAAGAGCAUUUCGCAACGCCUGAUGGGGCGGAGUUUGUGGGCUGGUCGUCUGGACCGAGAGCAUGUCCCGGUAAGAGGUUCAGUCAGGUAG